AUGAGUACAGAAAAAGAAAGUCCGUUAAAGAUCGAAGGUCGUGAAGAUUUUAACCCUGAUGCUUCAACUAUCUCUACGACUAUGUCCAAUAAAAUUGGAGAACCUUCAACAAUACUCAAAAAUAGUUGUAUAAGUUCAUUGCAAAUUGAAGUAGAUAAUGAACCAGUUAUUUUAAAAGAAUCGAAUGAUUUAUCGGAAGAUUUUUUACAAGAAACACCUAAUUUAUUGGAUUGUGGAAAUUGGCCAAUUGUUCGAUCUAGCAACUUUGUGGACCAUUUAAUCAAACUUGGUCCUUUUCAAAUUACAAAGGAAAAAUACCCUGAAAAUAGAAAUGGUGGACAUUUUUCUAACAUUUAUUACAAUAGAAAGCUUGCGAAUGGAGAAACCUUUUGCCUCAAACUUAGUCUUGAUGGUUUCAAGAAAUGGAGACAUUUAACUGAAACAUUGGGAAUUCAUGAAAACAGCGUCUCUCAUAUGAAAUGUUAUCAACAGUGGGUAGAAACUGAAAUAAGAUUAAAAGCUGGAAAAACUAUAGAUAAUGAAGAAAUUAAAAUUAUAGAAAAAGACAGUUUGCGAUGGCAAAAUGUUCUUCUUCGACUGAUGAAUAUCACUCUUUACCUAGCUGAAAAUAAUAUGGCUUUUCGAGGGAGUUCGGAUAAACUGUUUACGCCUCAAAACGGCAAAUUCUUAGGACUAAUACAGAUGCUUGCAAAAUUUGAUCCUGUGAUGCAAAAGCAUUUAGCACUUGCAAUAAAAGGUGACACUUCAGACCAUUAUUGCGGGAAAAAUAUUCAAAAUGAGUUAUAG